CAGGUGUUUGCCUCUCCGCCACGUGACAAGUGAGGUCAGUGCAGCGACGCCCAAAUUCCCAAACAGUCCUCGCGCGUCCUCGGUCGCACCGUCCGUGACGUCGUUGGUCACCGCUGUAAACGCAGAGCUGUUAUUGGCCUGUUGUUGUGGUGGCGGGAUAGGAACCGCGGGGGUCCGCAGCCGGCGCGAAGCCACUGCGCCAGUCGCCAGCUGUUGCCGGAGGGCUGCGUGUUGCAUUGUCGUAGCCAGGGUUGCUGGUACUGCGCUAGUGCGCCGGUGUUUACAAAGUGUUUAGUGACUGGGGAGACUGCGAAGGUUAUCGCGAUAGAUAGCAUCGAAACCUCUUCAGGAUGUCUAAAGGUUAUCUGUUCCUGGCCCAGAAUUGCUUUACGGGAAAACAAGGCGGGCGAUCAUAUUCCUUGUAUCGACACGUGAGCUUGGUAGUGAAGACUGAAAAAGAUUUAUGUAAAAUCAAACCUUCGGUUGGAAAGUUAUGCCUAGCGAACGGAGGAGUUAAAAGUUUCUCGACGAGUGGAGGCAGCCGAAAUAUGCGUUUCGUGCAAUUCACAAAAAACAGCGGCCCUCGUCGUUUGGGCGUGCAGUUGUCACAAGAAGGAGAUAUAAUUGAUGUGAGUGGUGUGGACCAUUCCGUACCCAAUGAUUUGGUUCAAUUUUUGAGGGAGGGCAACGGUCUUCUGGAAAAAGCUAAGAGGAUUGUUGCAGAGGGCAAAUCGGUGGUCACUUAUUCCAGUGUUAAAUUGCUGCCGCCUGUGAUAUCGCCUGAUAAAGUUGUGUGUGUUGGUUUAAAUUAUAAGGGUCAUUGUGAAGAACAGAACCUUGCUUACCCAAAGGAACCGAUGUUCUUUUCCAAAUUCAGCAGCUGUAUUGUCGGACCCCACGAUAAAGUUCUUUAUCCUUCCAUCACAAACGAAUUGGAUUGGGAAGUCGAGCUCGCUGUGGUUAUAGGUAAGGUUGGUAAAGAUAUUCGCCCUGAUCGAGCUAUGGAUCAUGUAUUUGGGUAUACUGUGGCUCAGGAUUUGAGUGCUCGUGAUUGGCAAAAGAAACGGAACAAUGGCCAAUUUCUCUUGGGCAAAGCAAUGGAUAAUUUUUGUCCAUUGGGUCCAGCUGUUGUCACCAAAGAAGUUCUGCCUGAUCCCCAUUCUCUUGGUAUUCGUAGCAAAGUGAAUGGUAAAUUGAAACAAGAUGGCAACACAGGAGAGCUGAUCCACAGAAUAGACCACAUUGUCUCCUAUCUCUCCCAUGUAAUUACGCUUUUACCUGGAGAUGUGAUUCUUACUGGGACACCUGCUGGAGUAGGAAUGCAUAGAAAUCCACCUGAAUACUUGAAGCCUGGAGAUGUUCUUGAGAGUGAAAUUGAUGGAAUUGGCAAGUUGAGAAAUGAAAUUGUUGCAUCUGUUAGCUGAAGAACUGUGUGAGCUCUUAGCUUCACAGGAUGAUAGUGCUAACUUGAAUUACAAGGACUGAUAACAUCAUGAUCUUGUUUCAAGGAGCACGGAUUCAAAUGCUUGUCAAAAAUAUUAGUCUUAAAUGUGCAAAUUGAGUGCUUGUCUGAGGCAGUGUUUGCUCUGUGGCUUUAUGGCCCUAAUGUUCUUAUUGAGCAAAUCUCAAAGCAAAAAAGUGCAAUGAUCUGUAAAUCAAUUUUUGUUGUUUUUAUUUUUAUUUUUAUGAACUCUACUGCUUUUGGAAUGAACCUAUAAAUGGUUCACUUUAACACAUGACUUAGAUGGCACUAAAACCUUUAUUUUGUGUAUAUUUUGAAAUAUCUGGAGCUAGUAGCAAAUGACACAUGCAGCUGUAAAGUUUGCAGAAGAAAAUUAGAGAUUAAUAUUGCUGAUAAGUCUAUUUUAAAAUGCAAUACUUUGUGUUUUGGCACUGGCAAAAAGUACUUACAUUGUAGGUGAUUUUAAGAAUUAGAAUAGGAUUCUGAUAACUAUAUUUUGAAAGUAAUAUUUGCUAGGUACAACUCUUCAGAGUGCAGCAUCUAUCCCUUUUGAAUUGGGUAUAGAAUGAAUUAUUUAACUAUUGCUGCAUGCUGUGAGCAUAUUAAAAUUGGUUAUUAAAAUAACCAUUAGCCAUUUUACAAAAAAGUAAGUGUUGUAAUAAAAGUGAUGUCUGACAUAAAAUAAUUUGAAUGUUGUUAUGAAAAUUUGUUUUUCAAUACAUAGGACUGAAUUCUUUUGCUGUUGAAUUUUGUAUUUAUUUAAAUUUUGUCUUUCUGAAAGACAAGAAACCAUAUUUUGAGGGAAACCUUCCAUAAUAUUUAAUUACAACAAUUCUCUUUAUAGUUUUAGAAUUGUGAAGAGCUAUUACUAAAAAAAUCCAUUUCCCAUCAUUCUUUGAAACUAUUUACUAUUUAAUUUGGUCUUCUGUUCUAGUAAAUGAAACAAAUAGAAAAUUGAGGAAUGUUAACAUUGAACUUCAAUUUGGAUAAACUAUUACUAUAUUUCUAAGAGGUUUUCUUUUAUUUGGAUGUAUUUUUUGUGUUCGGCAAGGAAAGCCCAUUUGAGAAUAAAUGAUGCAGAUUCAUUUUUGUUAAAACUAAUAAAUAUGCUAAAUUUGCCAGUUUUAAAAGAAACAUAAUUUUGAUAACUUGUAAUGUAAUAUUUCAUAAUUAAAUGGUUAAAUUGCAUUUUGAGUUCCUAUUGUAUUUAAAAUUCUGAAGAUUUUCAUUUAGAAAAGCAAUCUAAAAACACUUCAUAACCUAGAAAACCGUAAAUGUACUUUGAUUUUAUGUUGGCAAGUGUACAAUGUUUGUAUUUUCCUUGUACAUAAUUAUUUUAAAUAAUUAUUAAGACUAGAUUUACUUCUUUCAAGAGUUAUUAUAUGUUCCUCUAAUUUGAUUUUCAUAUUUUUAUUAAUAUAAAAUGUGUAUCAAAUUGUGUUAUUUUGACUAAUUUGUAAGUUUUUGUCCCUUUAACUUCCCAUUCCAUGAAAUAUCUGUACUCACAAGGAGAAGAGUGGCUGAAGACUGAGCUAGGGUGGGAUUAAAGCAUAAGCAUACGUCCCUGCUGAAUAUGUAAGGUGGAGGAAGUAAUUAUACUAAAAGAAAUGUCAAGAUAUUUGGCAGAAAUAUCAUUGGGGGGCACAAGACCCCAAUUCACUACACCAAAACAGGUCUGUGAGCAACACUACCAUCUAAAUCAUUCACAAAAUUUAAUUCUUUCACCAAACAUAUUCUCUGAUAAAUCCUGAUUGUUCUGGCCUCUCAAAUUUUAAUUCUUACAUAUUCGUUUUUUGAUGUACUUUACACAAAAUCGCAACGACUAUUGUCAACAUUUUCUUAAAAUUUUUUUCUCCUCUUGAAAGUACUCUUUUAAAAACGGCACUGGUGCGAUUAUUCACUGAAGGGCCGGAAUGUUUGAAAAUUUGUGAAGUGCAAAUUUGUUUGGAUAUCCUCCAACUACUUCAGUGGAUAAAGCCUUUUUCUAAAUGAGAUCUGUUCUUAAAAAUCAAAUCCUUCAAAUACAGGUAGUUUUCAGGCAAUUUCAUGUGAAAUAGUGGUAUUUAAACACCAAAUUUUCACUAAUAAAGUAAUAUCACUUAGUACAAUGUUAUAUAUUCAAUUUUUGUUCAAAACUUACUUUCAGACGAGGAAGUUUUCU